UUACAGAACUGCCACUCUUAAGCCACUCAACAAGUAAUUAUAAAAAUGCCACUUAAUAGUAAUUAUAGAACUGCCACUCAUCAAUAAUUACGAAACCACUCGAAAUAGUAGAAAUCAGAGUUUUACAAUCAUAAUAAACCCAAGUUUUUUUGUAUGUAUUUAUUUAUUAAUAAAAGAAGCAAGCAAAUAAUAAUUUUUUUUUUUAAAUCAUUAAAUUCCAACGGUCUAUAUAUAAAGUUCGAUUUUUUUUUUCUUAAAUAAAAGAGUUGGUGAACCGGCUUUUCUGAAUUCAGAAAUAUUUACUAAAAAUAUUUUAUUAUUUUAAAAUCAUAUUUAAAAAAAAUCUUCCAAGCUAAAAAAGAAAGUAUACAUUUCCUGAGAGCGGCACAAGAAGCACGCACACUCACGCAAUCGGGCAUCCAUCGAUAAAGAAUACAAGAAGAACAAGUCAUUCUAAUUAUAGCUAAUUCGCUCAACGACAAGAUUAAUCAAAACCCCCCUUACCUUACCUUACUGCCUACCUACAUAUGAGAAGAAGAAGAAGAAGAAGAAGAAGAAGAAGAUUAUUUUGAUGAGUCGUUGAUUUUCGAUUAGUGCAGAGUUUUCUAGGUGCAUUGUAAAUAUACUUCGAUUCAAAGGGUUUGUUUAGCAUGGGGAAAGAAUCGCGGUACAGGUGCCUGGUCGAGACCAGGAAAAUUCUGUUGCUAAUGGGGGUCGUUUUCGGAAUAAUUUUAUUCAUUCAGUUUUUCGAGCUUCCGUAUACCAAUGUCUUCUCAUCUUUAUUCCCCACUGAAAAAUCUCAGACACCACCACUAGAAAGCUAUCCUAGUACAAAUUCGUCUAGUAGCCGUAGCCCGACAAAUUCAAGAAUUCCGACAUACUUUAGCAGCACUAACUCCACCAAUUUAGAUGUCGCUAACGGAGCAUCGAAUACUACCAAGAAAUCCGAUAGAAAUGAUUUUGAUCGCGAAAAAAGCAAGAAUUCGGAUGAUUCUUUAAAUGACGAUAUCGACCCUGAGGAUGAGUCUCCGUUUAAGGACUUUCCGGAAAUGGAUCACAACUCGACUGUUGCGUGGAUUCCACUCAAUGAUAGCUUCCCAUUAGAGAAGAGUAGAGAAACUCAUCAUGAAUCACUAGAAACUUCUUCUCCGAUUACAUCUACGGGAAAAGACGAGAAAGUAAACGACGAAAAUCCGAAGGCUAAAAAAUCUGCUCCUGUGACAAAGGAAACAGAACCUGCAGUGGUAACUAUAUCGAAAAUGAACGAUAUGCUGAAGCAGAGCCGUGUGUCGUAUAAACCAGUGAAGACAAAAUGGCCUUCGACAGCAGAUCAAGAAUUACUGAGCAUGACACGCCUAAUCGAGAAUGCAUCAUUUAUAGGAAAAGACCCUCAUUUUGAUGCCAACUUGUAUCGGAACUUUUCCGAAUUCAAAAGGAGCUACGAAUUAAUGGAGCAGACUCUCAAGGUAUAUGUAUACGCCGAAGGAGAACGCCCCAUAUUCCAUCAGCCGCCACUCAAAGGAAUAUACGCAUCGGAAGGCUGGUUUAUGAAGCUACUUAAAUCGAGCAAAAGAUUCGUCACUAAAAACCCGAAAAAAGCUCACCUUUUCUACUUACCAUUCAGCUCACGCAAUUUAGAGAUUACAUUAUACGUACCCAAUUCCCACAGCCGCAAAAACUUAAUCGAACAUUUAAGCAACUACGUCGAAAUAAUCAGAUCAAAAUAUAAUUUCUGGAAUCGAACUAACGGAGCUGACCAUUUCCUCGUCGCGUGUCAUGAUUGGGCACCAGCAGAAACGAAGGGGGUAAUGGCGAAUUGUAUACGAGCGAUGUGCAAUGCUGAUAUAGGAGAAGGGUUCAAAUUCGGAAAAGACGUAUCUCUCCCGGAAACUUCCAUACGUUCUCCGCAGAAUCUUUUACGAGAGCUCGGUGGAAAACCUCCUUCGCAGAGAAAAAUACUCGCGUUCUUUGCCGGCAACAUGCAUGGUUAUCUUCGACCGAUUUUAUUAAAAUACUGGGAAAAUAAAGAUCCCGACAUGAAAAUAUUCGGGCGGAUAAGAAAAUCGAAAGGCGAAAUGAGCUACGCGCAGUACAUGAAGAGCAGCAAGUACUGCAUAUGUGCUAAAGGGUUCGAGGUGAAUAGUCCACGAGUGGUGGAGGCGAUUUUCUUCGAGUGUGUGCCGGUGAUUGUGUCGGAUAAUUUCGUGCCUCCGUUUUUCGAGACUUUGAAGUGGGAGUCGUUUGCGGUUUUUGUGAUGGAGAAGGAUAUUCCGAAUUUGAAGAAUAUUCUCUCGGCGAUACCGAAGAGGAGGUACGUUGAGAUGCAGAGGAGGGUUAAGAUGGUGCAGCAGCAUUUUCUGUGGCAUUCUAAGCCUGUGAAAUAUGAUGUUUUUCAUAUGAUAUUGCAUUCUAUUUGGUACAAUAGAGUGUUUCAAAUUAGGUAAAAAAAAAAUUUUUUGAUAAUUGUUUCAAAUGAGGUAGUUGGACUUUGGUUUUUAGGGUUUGUUUGUUGUACAUAUAUAUAUAUACAAUAAAAUAUAGAGGCAAUAAAAUUCUUUUCCUGUAAAUAUAUUGGGAGAGAAUUACUGAAU